UUGAUUUUCGGCCGAAAAAAAUGAUUUUCGGCCGAAUUUCGGCCGUCUCGCUAGGGCCCGAUAUAUGGGCCUAUCGGCCGAAUAAUUCGGCCCAGUUUGAAUUUUUUUUGCCCGGCCCAGCUUCGAGAGCCUUCUAGUUAGCUUCCGCUGAGACAAAACCACGAAACCCAAACGGCCUAACCCUAGAAUCACUCGUUCCCUGUCCCUCUUCCUGUGUGCGGCGCCGCCGCCGCGCACAGGCCACAUCUCCUCGCCCUCCUCCACAUCUCCGGCCAAGGCGCUCGCUUCUCUGGCCGUCCUCCACAUCUCCUCGCCUCCACCCCAUCCACUUCCUGUCCUUUGCUUCUCCAAGACUGCAGCAUGGUGCUUGGCGGCUGCGGCAACGGAGCUGAUGGAGCGCAAGCCGACCAGUUCAACGGAGGCAGUAGCACGGAGCAGCGGCAGCAGCAUGGAGGGCGUCCGCUUGACUGGGAAGGUAAUGGAACUGCAAAUAGGAAUGGCAGCGGCAACCAUGAUGCAAGUGCAAGUGGUUCUCAAAGCUCUUGGAAAGGAAUUAAAGAUAAUAACUUAUAUGAUCCUUGGAACCAUACAUGGCCGUAUUCUGGGGGUUUUCAUUGUAUGUACUGUGGCCUAAAGCACAAAGGUGGAGGUGCAACCCGUGCCAAGGAGCACCUUGGUUGGAUUGUAGGUAACGUGAGGAGCUGCCCAAAUGUGCCAAGAAAUGUGAGAGAUGCAAUGAGAGAGUGCCGGGAUGAAUCGAAGAGGAAGAAAAGAGAGAAACAAAAUAGCAGGCUGAGAAUUGAAAGAAAUAUUAUGGAAGGGCUGUAUCAACAAGGAAGGGUGAUUAACAUAAUAGAUGAUGAUGAAGAAGAAAUUCAGAUGAAUAUUCGAGAGGCAUUGCGUGACCCGAAUGUCUCCCGCAGAGUUGAUAGGAGGAUUGGCAAGGGGAGUGUGGGUGAUGUGCGAGUUGAUGUUGGCAAAAAGAGUAUCACCGCAUAUUUUGACAAGCAAUUAUGCAGCAACAAAGUAUCUAUGCAGCCCAAGAUCAGUAGUGCUUUGGACCCUAAUUCGAGAGAUGCACUUGGCCUAGCUUGGUCCAAGUUUUUUCAUGCCAAUGAUAUUGCUGGACGUAAAGCUGACUGUCCAUACUUCCGAGCUGCUAUGAAGAUCACUCAACAAUUAGGACCUACUCCUAUACCAACCGCGAAGGAGAUUGAUGGAAAAUAUUUGGAUGCAAACUAUGAUGAAGCAACUUCGUUUCUUCAGAAAUUCAAACAAGAUUGGAAAAACUUUGGUGUGACUCUUAUGUGUGACUCUUGGACUGGUCCAACAGGAAUGUGUCUCAUAAACUUCAUGGUGUAUUGCAAUACACGAAUGUUCUUCCUUAAUACUAUUGAUGCAUCCGGUCAGACUCAGAAUUCAGGUUACUUCCUCCUCUUCUUCGCGUUUUACUUUCUUCUUGAAUACUUGGAUUUGUCCUAG